AUGCCGAGUGGAAUCUUUGUCGUUUGUAGCUUGUUGAUUGAAGCUUCCGGUGGAGAAUCACUCGAUGAGAUUGAUGAAGACGGCAUUGCUCAUUUUCGACUGGAGUUUGCGAAUUUGAUUACACGAUCGGCACAUGCUAUUGUUCUUGCUGGUAAGGUUCAGGCCAAGGCCUCUAAUCCUAAGCCCAAGGAGACUUUACAUACUUCCACUCGAACUAUAAGACAAGAAGAAGUAGAAAAGGCAAUGCCUAAACCAUCACCAUAA